AUGAUAUCCAGCUCUACAAUCUCAUACUUUUUUGGGUUUUGGGUACUUGCUUACCUCCUCGAUGCGGGGUUAUCGAAUCACCCAUACACACGCCAGAAAUACUUAGAACUUCGCGAGAAUUCGGGCAUUUCCAUACAGGUUUUGCAAGCGAGAUUCUUCACCCAGAAGUUAAACCCUUUAUUUGAGCGGAUUGGUGAAGUUCGUUGGUUUCCUUGGAAUCUAUGGUUUUUUGCUGGCACUGCUUUUUCAGCAGUGUUCAUGGUCUUAAGUGUCGUGAUAUUGUUCUUUCUUGCCUACAACACGACCAUGCGCAAACCUAUAGAACAGCAGGUCAUAACCCCGGUGAUGCCUGGAGUUAAUUUGCCGAUGAGUCAACUUGGUUUUUAUUUGCUGACGCUCCUUGUGUGUGUGGUUCUUCACGAGGCUGGUCAUGCGCUGGCGGCACUUCAUGAGCGUGUUAGAAUUCAUGGGUUCGGCUUCUUUCUCAUUGGAAUUUAUCCUGGCGCCUAUGUGGAUAUUAGUGACGCUGAUUUGAACAGUCUUUCACCGAUACGACAGUUGAAAAUUUAUUCGGCUGGCGUUUGGCAUAAUGGCGUGAUUGUCGUUUUGAGCAUUAUUUGUUUUUACGCUCUCCCCUGGAUUCUUAGUCCAGCCUAUGUGAUGAACCAGGGCGUUGGCAUCGUCAAUUUACAAAAAAACUCAGUAUUCACCGGCCCCAGGGGUCUCCACCUUGGUGAUGCGAUAACUCAAGUGAAUUCGUGUCCAGUGAACACUCCAGCAGAAUGGUUUCGUUGCCUGGAGGAGGCAAGCACCAAAGUGACAGGUUACUGCGUGUCGAACAGCUUCAUCGGGCAGCAUCCACCGCCAGCCCCGCCGGGGCUUAGACACCUCGCUGCCGUCGUGCCUCUUCAGCCUCUGCAACAGCCACAGCAUCAACAACAGAACGUUGUCAACGGACAGGAGGCGGCUCUGCCUGGCCUCGCUUCUCAAGAUUGCUGUCCCUCUCACCUCGCCUCCACUCACCUCUGCUUCACCUACAUGGCCAGUGGAAUUAAUGCAAAGAGGCCACGACAAGCCUGUUUGCCUGCAAGGGCAGUGACAGAGAAGGAGGCGUGCAGUGUGCCAUCGGACUGUGGCCGGGUCGCAGGGGCCGGCGGACCCAUGGGUGUGGCAGGGGUCGGUGAAAGCGCGUGGGCGGCCUGCCUGGUGCCUACACAACCCGACAACACUACUCGUCUUAUCCGAAUCGUGCACAACCGCGAGCGCUCGCCCGCCGUCCUCUUUUUUGGUCCCGUGGAAGAGCUCCUCUCCUCCGUCGAAAUCUCUGACUACGUCCCCCGCUGGCCUCAAAUCACACCCUGCCGAUUGCCAGAAAUCAUCGCUACCUUCUGCAGGUACCUCUUCUCCUUAUCGGGAGCGCUGGUAAUGUUCAACGUGGUUCCUUGCUACGCUCUGGACGGUCAGGGCAUCUUUAAGUCACUACUGGAACUGGCGUUGCCACCAUGCGUAUGUUCGCGGCAGAUCCGACGCCUCAUCUUCUCCACCACACUCUGGAUGGGCACCGGUCUGGUUUUCCUCAACAUCGCCCUUGCUCUCUAUUAUGAAGUACUAAUGAUAAAAUCACACGAAGUCACGCUUAAAUAUGGGGCUUAUGAAGCGUGUGGGAUCGUACUUUAUCGUAAUUACCGACUGGAAGGUCUCAAGAAAUUACUUGAAUUAGUAGGCCACACUGUCAAAAUUGAAAAGAUACCAAACGUACGGGAUAUACUAGAAGUGUGGUUACAGGAUGAAAAAAUAUACAGGUGCAACAUAAAAGAACUACGAUUCGGUGGUGACGGGUUUUUGGAUAAAAAAGCGAGAGAAAUUUCGCAAAAAAUAAAGGAAUCCUACCAUGCGUGUUACGCAAGCCCAAGUUUGAAUUUGGAAGUCGGGAUAGGAAAUGCACCUUGA